AUGGGCUGUGUCAAGGGCAGCAGAGUCGAGCCCUUUGCCGACGCGAUACAAUACGUCGAGUUGUUCUACGAGGAGGCCCCCACGGACUUGCUCGAACAGGCGAACAAGACAGCAUUGAAGGACCUGUGGGACAAUGCACAGAUUCUGCAGCUCCGCAACGACGUGAACAAUGGUCACGUUCAAGUCAACAUCUUCAACGCGAUUGCGCAACUAUGGUAUCAACCUUCUCAUUUGCGCGACAUUAGCUCGCUCUGGCGGACGGUCGCCGAACAAGCAUUCGGAUUGAAUGGGCAGGAGAAGUUCUCACUGUGUGUUCCGGGAAGUACGGGCCACCCGAGCAGCUUGAGCGGCAACCAGACUCUCUUUGACGUUGGCCAGAUCGCCAAUGUCACCGGGUACAACCCCGAAGGCGACGGAAGUGGCAGUGGUGAUGGCGCGGAUGGCUCUGCUGGUCAAGAGAAUGGUUCUGCGGCUGCUUCAUCCGUCGGUCUGUCAGGCAUGGUCCUGGCGUCCUUUCUGGGUCUGGCGACGCUGGUCGGCGAUGUCUUUUUCUAG